AGCUCCGGCCCUGGUUGGACCUCGCGCUAGGCCAUCAACCGAGUCUGGGCAGUCUGUACGAUAUUACCGGCCGUUGCGGGAUCACUAACUAGUUCGGGGCCUCAUCUCCUGGCAGGGAAUUCAAGCAGCAGGGCAAGACCAGCUAUACCUUAAUGCUACUAGGGAUCGGCGGUUCUUCGCGGCUGCACCUCCAUAUGUACGGGUGGUGAAGCGUCCAUUUUCUUCCUUUUGUUUUCUUCCUCCUCAUUCCUCUUGUCAGCGUCUGGCCUGCGCAACGACGAACCUCUUCGCCCUCUAGGCCUCGAAAGAUGGCCACACAGCUGGUCACUUCGGCUCUGUCGAAUCCCCAACUUCAGGCGCAGAAACCGUCCUACCUGGAAGGACCAAUUGAUCCCCCGCUCGUCGACUUAACUCUGGGCGAGCUUCUCGACCUGCAAUGCCAGCAGCACGGCUCGCAGGAAUGCAUCGUCGUGUCCUGGACAGGCGCCCGAUGGACGUACAACGAUCUCAAUCAGCAGAGCUUGCAGGUGGCCGCCGCCCUGCUUGCUCUCGGGGUCGGCGUUGGCGACCGUGUCGGUAUUAUGGCCGGCAACUGCGAGCAGUACGCGGCGAUCUUCUUCGGCGUCACGCGCAUCGGUGGCAUCCUCGUGAUCCUGAAUAACACGUACACGCCGACGGAAGCCCUGUAUGCAUUGAAGUUUUCCGGGUGCAAGGUGUUUUUUACCGUGAAGAAGAUCGGGAGGGUCGACAACGCCGGGCUGCUGGCGCAGCUGGCUAAAGAGGAGCAAGCACCCAACGUCGUGAUCCUGCACGGGGAGUCCGGGACCUACCCGACGUACGCCGACCUGAUUAAGCGGGGGCGCGGGUACAGAGCCGACACGCUGCAACGACUCAUGAGCCGGGUCCUCGCCCACAACGUGUGCAACCUGCAAUUCACCAGCGGGACGACGGGCCACCCGAAGGCGGCCAUGUUGACGCACCACAAUAUCGUCAACAACGCGCGGUUCAUCGGCGACCGCAUGCGCCUCACGUCGGAAGACGUGCUAUGCUGCCCGCCGCCCCUCUUUCACUGCUUCGGUCUUGUCCUCGGCAUGAUGGCCGUCCUCACGCACGGCGCCAAGAUCGUCUUCCCUGCCGAGACCUUCGACGCGCCCGCCACCCUGUCCGCGAUCGCCGACGAGCGCUGCACCGCUGUGCACGGGGUACCUGCCAUGUUUGACACGCUCGUGAAGCUUGACCCGCCGCCCGGCUUCGAGCUCGCGCGCCUACGGACCGGGAUCAUCGCCGGCGCGCCGGUGCCGCGCUACCUGAUGGAGCUGCUAGUGUCGCGGUUCGGCAUGUCCGAGUUUACGAGCAGCUACGGGCUCACCGAGGCGUCGCCAACGUGCUUCAACGCCUUCACCGACGACCCGAUCGAGAGGCGACUGACGACGGUAGGGACCCUGAUGCCGCACGCGCGGGCCAAGAUCGUGGAUAACGACGGCAACAUCGUGCCGGUGGGCACACGGGGCGAGUUGUGCAUCUCAGGAUACCAGCUGCAGGCGGGAUACUGGAACAACUCGGAGAAGACGGCGGAGGUGAUGGUACGCGACCCCGAGGGCACGCUGUGGCUGCGAACGGGCGACGAGGCCGUGUUCGACGACCGGGGCUACUGCACGAUCACGGGGCGCUUCAAGGACAUCAUCAUCCGCGGCGGCGAGAACAUCUACCCCCUAGAGAUCGAGGAGCGGCUGCGCGCACACCCUGCCGUGGGAGUGGCCGUGGUGACGGGCUUGAAGGACGCCCACUACGGCGAGGUAGUAGGCGCGUUCCUGGAGCUGGCGGCCCGACCGACCGAGGCUGGGGCGAGGGGAGCAGGCGAGGGGGCCAGGACGGAGCGGCCGAGCGACGCGGAAAUCCGAGAGUGGGUGCAGCAGAAGCUGGGACGACACAAGGCACCGACUCACGUGUUCUGGCUCGGUCACGCUGGCGUGCCGCGGGAACUGCCGCUCACGGGAAGCGGCAAGGUCAAGAAGUACGAGAUCGCGCAGUUCGGCGAAGCGAUCCUACGGAAGAGGAGGCUGGAAAAGCUGUAGAAGACGCAUCUGGUACCACACAGAAAGAUGAGAAAAAAGACUGUACGACGCUGUACGUAGGAGGGGGGUCGGGGAGGGGGGGUUAAA